UGGAUGAGAUGCAUCCAAGUCCGCUGAGGGAGGUAAGGGUGGAAAUUGCGGAGACACUGGCCCUAGUCUUCCAAUGCCCCUUAGGUACAGGAGUGGUGCCAGAGGACUGGAAAAUUGUUCAAAAAAGCAGUGUCGGGCUAAACCCUGCAACUACAGCCAUUGAAGAGAGUGGUCCCAACCUGAAUGAUGAUGAGGAGGGUGACAGUGGAAUACGUUCCGAUGACUGUAAUGAUACAGUGAUGAUGCGAAAGGAGAUGGAAUAUGCCUCCAUGCAGAUUAUUGCAGAACUGGAAGAGCUGGAGACACAGCUGGAGAUUGAGAAGGCUUGCCGUCAGAAUGCAGAAGGAUUCACUGUUAAGGGUGACAGUGGAAUAUGUUCCGAUGACUGUAAUGAUACAGUGAUGAUGCGAAAGGAGAUGGAAUAUGCCUCCAUGCAGAUUAUUGCAGAACUGGAAGAGCUGGAGACACAGCUGGAGAUUGAGAAGGCUUGCCGUCAGAAUGCAGAAGGAUUCGCUGUUAAGCUGACCAAAGAGAAUCAGAAACUCCAGCGCCUGAGCCUGGCUCUACAACCUGUCUGGGACACGCUCCCCAGUGACAUCACACACCUGGCCCUGCAGGACAAGGAAAGCCCUGAUCCCACUGCUGAGCCCGCCUUUUGUUACCAGCUCCAGGUCAAAGAAUUUCAGGAAAGAAUCUCUCACCUCCUGGAGGAAAAAAGGCAACUGGCCAUCAAAGUGCAAGAGAUGGAGAGUCGACUGAUGGAAUUGAUGGAGCAAGUGGAGAAGGAGCACGCAGAGAAGAUGGAUCUGCAGAAAGCCCUAGAGAGGCAGAACAAGAAUCUACAACGAUUCAACACAGUCUCCUCGAUGGUGACCCACGAAUAUGAGGAGCUCAGGCAACAUCUGGAGCUGGAACAAGACCUCCGUCAUGUGGCUGAGAACUACGCACAUCAGAUGCGUGUGCAAAAGCAGGAAGCAAACAGGCAAAGUAUGAUCCUCCUGGAGAACGUGACCCCAAGCACACAGCUUCUCAAAGCCUUGGAGGAAGUGGCCAAUGCAACAAAGAUCUUGGAGGAAGAAAGAAUCCAACACGAACAACAGGUGAAAGAACUGCAGGAGCAGAUUGAAGGAUCUGAUGCCAAGAAAGAAAUUGACAGACUCCAGGUGCUGCUCCAAUUGGCGGAAGAUGAAAAGGAGGAGAUGGGAACAAAACUUCAGGAAGCUGAGACAAGGAAUACAGAGCUAGAGACAAAAGUCAAGAAUCUUCAGGAGAAACUGACAGCAGCUGAAGAGCCAGUGGAUCCAGAAGCAGUGACCCCAAGCCUUCCGCCUCCUCCACCUCCCCCACCUCUGCCACCUCCCCCACCUACAGUUCCAGUGAACCCCCUGGCUCAGCUGUUGCAGAGAAGACAGAAUCAAAAGGGGAAGGCAAAUAACAAUGACUCAGCAGAUCUCAAUGAGCUCAAGUUGAAAGCUGUAGAUGAGAUGAUGGAGAGGAUCAAAAGUGGCGUUGUCCUGAAACCCAUGAGAAGGAAGCUGGAGCUCCUGGAUCCCAAAUCUUCCAUCGGCCGGAACAAAGGGAGUGCUGUGCAUGAGCUGAAAGGGAUACUGAAUACGAUGACGAACAGAAAGGUCCAGCAAUACAGUUGGAAAAGUGAGAAGAAACAGAGUGAGCUGGAAGGAAUCUUGCAGAGGCGAAGAAAAGUAACAGACAUAACAGCAGGACCCGGCAAAAAAGACACGGAAAAUCCAGCAGCAGUACCACAUAGAGAGGAAUGGGAGGCUGCCAACCCUGGACUGCCCAGAGCUUCCAACAGUAACCAAUCGAUGGGACUGAAACGAGGGAGAUGGAUGCAGCAGAGUCGGAGAACUUCAGAGAUCACAGCUCUGAACAGGCGCAAGUCACAGGGCACAGGGAACCCAGAAAUACAGCCGCUUCCUGGCGAGUAAGGAGCUGGGACUACUGACACAAGCUCAGUGUGCCUGUGAUUGCACUGGGUGACUCGCGGGUGACUCCACAUUCACUGUGUUUCAACUGAUAUAGAAUAAAGCAGCUUACCAACCUCAAA